AUGAGGGUCGUCCGCAGUGUGGGGCCGCGGCACGUGGUCGUCCGUAGUGUGGGGGCGCGGCACGUGGUCGUCCGUAGUGUGGGGGCGCGGCAUAAGGGUCGUGCCAGGUUGUCCGCAGAUCAUGUCAGGUUUGGCGCCGGGUCUGCGGGAGCGGUGGUGGCCAACCGGCUGUCGGAGGACCCGGCCUUCAGCGUGCUGCUGCUGGAGGCCGGAGGAGACGAGACGGAGAUCAGCGACGUGCCCGCCCUGGCCGGCUACCUCCAGCUCUCCAAGAUGGACUGGCGGUACAAGACCGAGCCCCAGGACUCUGCCUGCCUCGCCAUGGCUGGCAAGCGGUGCAACUGGCCCCGGGGGAAGGUGAUGGGCGGGUCGUCAGUGCUCAACUACAUGCUCUACGUGAGGGGCAACCGGCGCGACUACGACCAAUGGGAGUCCUUCGGCAACCACGGCUGGGGCUACGACAAUGUCCUACACUACUUCAAGAAGUCUGAAGACAACAGGAACCCCUACAUCGCCAGAAACUUGAAGUACCACGGGACGGGCGGGUACCUGACGGUGCAGGAGGCGCCCUGGAGGACGCCGCUGGGAACAGCCUUCGUGGAGGGCGGAAUCGAGAUGGGCUACGAGAACCGGGAUUACAACGCCGAGUUCCAGACAGGGUUCAUGAUCCCCCAGGGGACACUGAGGCGCGGGUCCCGGUGCUCCACCAGCAAGGCCUUCAUCCGCCCCGUGAGGCUCAGACCCAACCUUCACGUGGCCAUGCACGCCUUCGUUACUAAGAUCCUGAUCUCGCGGGACUCCAAGCGAGCCUACGGCGUGCAGUUCCUGCGCGACGGACUCACCCAGGUCGUCCUGGCCAGGAAGGAGGUCGUCCUCUCGGCCGGCUCCAUCAACACUCCCCAGCUGCUCAUGCUCUCCGGAGUAGGCCCAGCCAAGCACCUUUACUCCCACGGGAUCCCAGUGCUACAGGACCUGCCGGUGGGCCACAACCUACAGGACCACAUCGGCACGGGCGGCCUCGUCUUCCUCAUCAACAAGAAAAUUUCCCUCGUGCAGACCCGCUAUGAGAACCUUCCCAGUGUUCUCAAGUACGCCAUGUUUGGCUCCGGUCCGCUGACAGUGAUGGGGGGCGUGGAGGGCUUAGGCUUCGUCAAGACCAAGUUCGCUAACCAGUCUGAUGACUGGCCGGAUAUAGAGUUCCACUUCAUAUCCGGCUCCCCAGCCUCUGACGGAGGCCGGCAAAUACGGAAAGUCCACGGCCUUUCUGAUCGUACAUGGCAGCAAAUGUUUAAACCAAUAUCGUUCCGGGACAGCUGGUCCAUCUACCCCAUGUUGCUCCGGCCCAACUCCCGGGGCUUCAUAACUCUGCGCUCAGCCAGUCCCUUCGACAAGCCCUUAAUCACCCACAACUAUUUGACCGACCCGCAGGACGUCAGGGUUAUGGUUGAAGGUAUCAAGAUUGGUAUGGCACUGACGGAGACGCGGGCGUUCAAGAAGUUUGGGUCGAGGUUUUACACCCGGCCCAUGCCAGGGUGUGAGCACACCCGACUGUGGACGGACGCGUACUGGGAGUGUCUGGCGCGCCACUACACCUCCACCAUCUACCACCCCGUCGGUACCUGCAAGAUGGGGCCUUACUGGGACCCCGGCGCUGUUGUCGACCCAGAGCUUAAAGUGUACGGUGUGUCUGGGCUGCGUGUGGCGGACGGGUCCAUCAUGCCGACGCUCGUCUCCGGCAACACCAACGCUCCCAUCAUCAUGAUAGGAGAGAAGGCUGCCGACCUCAUCAAGCAGUACUGGUACAGCAGGAGAUGAUGGCGGCCCACACCAUAGAGUACUGGUA